AAUGUCAACAUUUGAAAAAGUUGUACUUUUGUAGGUUAAUCGUAUCAAAUUUUGUUUGAUAACGAAAGAGUUGCAUCGUAAAUAUUUCGUUUUUCUAAAAUAUAUUUAAUAAAAAUAACGCCGUCAUGCGGAUUUUAACUUUUAGCGUUCUUAGAAACUGCAAACUUAAAUCGGCAUUGUUUAAAAACCUAAGUGUUGAGGUUUCCUACGCAAAAAGUGAAAUCGAUAAACUAGCAGACCCCAACCUGGUAGAAAUCCUGCCGUCAUGGAAAGAAGAUGAAGAAGUAGAGUUACGCUCAGCCGUGCUGAAGCAAAUGAGAGUGCUGCCCAAUUUUAUCACUGAGGAAGAGGAGGCCUCACUACUUGGAGAAGUAGAACCACAGUUGAAGAGAAUGCGUUACGAAUUUGAUCAUUGGGAUAAUGCGAUCGAAGGCUACCGCGAGACGGAGCGCAGUCAGUGGAACGCGCAGAACAGCGCGGUGCUGGCGCGCGUGCGCGCGGUCGCGUUCCCGGCGCAGGCGCAGCUGCUGCCGCACGCGCACGUGCUCGACCUGGCGCCCGCCGGCCACAUCCGGCCGCACGUGGACGCCGUGCGGUUCUGCGGCGACACGAUAGCGGGGCUGUGCCUGCUGUCGCGCGCGGUGAUGCGGCUGGCGCACGCGGAGCGCGCGCACCUGGCGCUGGACGCGCUGCUGCCGCGCCGCUGCCUCUACGUCAUGACCGGCGCGGCGCGCUACCAGUUCUCGCACGCGCUGCUGGGCGGCGCGCACAGCGCGUGGCGCGGCGAGCGCGUGGCGCGGUCCCGGCGCGUGGCCGUCAUCGCGCGCCAGCGGCCCGCGCCCGAGCACCGCCCCUAGGCGGACCUGCCCCCCCCCCCCCUUAGGGAGCAUCAACCUUAACUAGCUCCUUAGUGGAUUGGGUUGGCAACGCGCUUGAGAUGCUUCUGGUGUUGCAGGUGUCUAUAGGCUACGGUAAUCUCUCACCAUCAGGUGAGCCAUACGCUUGUUUGCCGACCUAGUGAUAUAAAAAAAAGGCGUCCAAUCUUUCUAGGGGAUUUUGACUACGUGACAAAAACCUAAGAACACCCCAUUAGCAUAGCGUGGUAUGUUUCCCUUGUCUCAUCUGUUCUCCCUAAGCAGAUGCGCUUUAUUUGCCGACGCCCUCCUAUCCUCUUAUUUGCGAACGCAUUUUAUAGAUAACCUCUUAGAAGAAUAUUAUAAUUUAUUGACCUAAUUUAAUGAUGAUCCCUUAAAGGGCUUAUAGAAAAUGAUUGUUAUAAACUACAGGUUUGUAUUGUUAUCUUUAAAAGAUUAAUGUAAAUAUUAGGAAUAUAAAAAUAUCUGAAUAAAGAUUGUUGUUGUUACCCAA